AUGGGCUCCAUCAACUACGACGAUUCGAGCGUGCUCGACAUGCUCAUCGUUGGUGCCGGUAUCUCGGGCAUCAACGCCGCCUACCGUCUUCAGGACGAGCUUCCCGACAAGAAGUACUUGAUUCUUGAGACCCGAGAGAAGAUCGGUGGAACCUGGGAUCUUUUCAAGUAUCCCGGUAUCCGAUCCGACUCGGAUCUCCACACGUUUGGCUAUGCCUUCAAGGAGUGGACCGGUGCUGACAUUGCCGAGGGCAGAGAGAUCCUCGCCUAUCUCAACAAGGUUGCCGACGACAACGGCAUUUCUCAGAACAUCCGUUUCAAGACCAAGGUGACCAACGCCGACUGGUCCAGCGAGGAGCGAUGCUGGUUCGUCACUGCUACCCAGGACGGCGAGCAAAAGCAGUACCGCACCCGUUUCCUCUACACUUGCACCGGGUACUACGACUAUGAUUCAGCUCUCAAGGCCGAUAUCCCUGGCAUCCAAAACUUCAAGGGCAAGAUUGUACACCCGCAAUUUUGGGAUCUCAAGGAGGAUGACUAUCGUGGCAAGCGCGUCGCCGUCAUCGGCUCGGGUGCCACUGCUAUCACUCUGAUCCCCUCAAUGGCCGACGUGACCAAGGAUAUUACGCUCGUUCAGCGCUCUCCUACCUACAUUCUCUCGCUCGAAAAGUAUGAUCCGAUUGCCAAGGUGCUCCGUGCCGUUUUGCCACAAAAGGUGGCUGCGUUUGUCAUCCGUCAAAAGAACAUUGCUCGUAUCUACGCCUCAUACCACAUCUUCCGCACCUUCCCUGGCGUUGCCAAGAAAAUCCUCGGCAAGUUGACCAAAAUGCAGCUACCCAGCGAUAUCCCGCUUGACCCUCACUUUAAGCCGAGCUACAACCCGUGGGACCAGCGUCUCUGCAUCUGCCCCGACGGUGACUUUUAUAAGACGCUUCGCGAGGGCAAGGCGCACAUCGCCACUGGUCACAUUGACCAAGUGACCAACAACGAGAUCAUCCUCAAGAACGGCGAGCGCAUUCCAUGCGACAUUAUCGUCACUGCCACCGGCCUCAAGCUGCACGUUGGUGGAAAGAUCACGAGCACGGUCGACAAGAAGCCCAUUCUUUCCAACGAGCGCUUUGUCUGGAAGGGAUGCAUGAUUGAGGAUCUGCCCAACUACGCGAUUUCGAUCGGCUACACCAACGCCUCGUGGACUCUGGGCUCUGACUGCACCGCUCAGUACGUGGUGCGCCUGCUCAAGCACAUGGACAAGUACCACAAGUCGAUGGCGGUGCCCAAGCCCAAUAACCGCGAUCAGCUCACCGAAGGUCCUCUGCUCAAUCUGAAUUCGACCUACGUCAAGAAGGCCGAGAAAGAUUUGCCCAAGGCUGCCACCACCGGUCCCUGGAGGAUGCGUACCAACUACUGGUACGACCUGGUACAAGCCAAGUAUGGUGCUUAUGACGAACUUGUCUUCCAGUAG